CCAUCCCCUCAGAGCACCCCGUAGACAAGUAACUACUAAGUCUCUUCUGGAGGACCCGGGACAGUCGCGAAGGGGCGGAGUACAGCGGGUCUGGCCUGAGAGGGUGGGGCCUGGGGUCUCAAGCCUUGCCGUCGCACCCGGCUAGAUAUUUUGCACUCCAGCGGCCCUGGUUCCACCUGACCAGCUCCUCUCCACGCUCUUCCUGGCCAUGACCCUCGUAGCCUCGGCCCAGUGUUCCCAGCUCAUCCGCUCCAAGUUCCGCUCCGUCCUCCAGCUCCGUAUACACCGGAGAUCCCAGGACCAGCGUGAGAGUGGACAGAAGCCCGACCAGACCUCGGCUGGGACGCAGGCUUCUAGUCAUUCAGCCCUUCUCCCCAGUAAUGGCUCCACGGGACCCCAGCGCCUGCCCCCAGCUCCUGCCCCCGGGGGAACACAGCCUUCUUUCACCUCGUCUUCUUUUCCACCUAGGGAUUCAGUGGACCCCUGGAUCUCGGCCCCAGCCCCCGACCAAGCCGCCAUCACCAGUUCCUCGGCCUUGUUCUGUAACUCUGGGGUCCCCAAACCCAGUCCAGCAACCCUCCCGUUUUCUGGAGUGUCAUUGAAAAAGGCCAAAGGAGAUAGUCAGCAAAGGGAGCCCAGGCCCAGGUUGAAAGCACUCAAGUACCACGCGUAUGUGCCCCCCGAGCACCGGGGAGGGCCAGGGGCAGCGGCGCCGGCCCAGGAAAGCCCCUCCAGGGAGGAUGGGCAGCUCCCAGAGCACAAGCAGGACCUGUCUUUGCUCAGGGCUUGGGGAUCGAGACCAGGUCUCCAGGACAGCCCCGCACCCCCGGAGAUCCCCCGACCAGUGGCCCCUAAGCCCAAGUUAGAGCUUCAGACCCUCCGACUGGAGGAGUUGACGGUAUCGGAGCUCCGCCAGCAGCUCCGCCUGCGGGGCCUUCCGGUGUCCGGACCCAAACCGGCUCUGCUGGAGCGGCUGCGGGCGCCCGGGGCCCGGGACAGGCAGGCCCAACUGCAGCGGCCGGUGCGGAGCCCCGGGGUCCGCUCCCGUCCCAGUCCAAGCUCCAGCUCGAAGCCCAGGUCUCGUCCGCGACCUCGGACGGAGCCCCAGGCCCCUGCUAGAACAGCCGGAAAGUCUCCCUGGCCCCGCUCCGCUACCGCCGAGGCCCCGCCUGCUCCUCCUGCCCCGCCCCGAGUCCUGUCCUUGGAAGAAGAGCUUCAGGAGGCCAUCCGCCGGGCACAGCUCAUCCCCCAUCACUCCAUCCAAGACAUUCUCGACGAGCCUCUGGAGCUGCCUGCAGAAGCUCUGCCACCACCCCCGUUGGAUUUCCCGGGCUCCUUCGACCUCCUUUCUCCGUCCCCACCGCCGGGCUCCGAAGGCCUGUCCUCAGUCUUCUCCUCCUGGCCUCCGUCCCCUGCCAGCUCUCCGUCGCCGGGACCAGGGCGUCCUCUGGAGGCGGCAGAUUGGCUGGAGGCUCUGACCGGAAGCCCGGCUCUGGACUGCUCCGGCCCGGCCCCCAGCAUUUUUUGCACCGACUUUGCAGAGCCCGGGACCAGCAGACUCUGGGACUUGGGGGUGGACGAGUGGUGAUGGGAGCCUGCAGGAAGGGGGCCCUGCCGAGGACGGGGACACCCACGGACCAGGAGACACCGAAAUGGCCACACACGUCCUGACACACUCACAGACACACUCACGGUCACAAGCAAACACUGGCAGAGUUAGGACAUAAACCAGGACAGAGAAAACACUCCAUUUCCACAGAGAGAAAUACAAAAACAUGCAGAAUGGCAGAGACACAGAGGGAGGAGAAAUGAGGGGGAAACCGAGGAAGAGUCCCUGACAAAUUCAGAGCUACAGAAAUGGGCCAGCUUUCACAGGGCCCCUGAGGAAUGGAGAGAAGGACCUAACAUUGAGGGGCUUAAAUCCCAAAUCCUUUUCAAGGUCUCUCUCUCCCUGCCCACACUGGGGGUCUGGGACAAGUGAUGUUGAGGAACACCCCCCCCCCUUCUUAGCAGACUCAAACAUUCAUCUUUUUCCUCCCUAAAGUGUGAGCACCAGUCUGGCCAAUUCCCAGCACUUGGCCUGCCUCAGGUGUGAUGAUUGUAGACUGAACCGCGGACAUCCCUUAGGGAAAUUCCUGAAUCUCAUACUCAGUUUUCCCAUCUUUAAAAUGAGAGAGUUAGAUUCUAAACCUCUCUCUGCCUUUCAGAAUCUGUGGUUUUAGACUCACUUUGUGACUUUGGAUGAGACAACUGCCCUCUCUGGGCCUCAGUAAAAUAAGAACUAAAGGUUACAGACCCUCCUUUUCAGAAGCUUCAAUAUUCAGGAGGGAAGGGGAGGCAGUACAGAGACCCAGGUGGAUCCAGGCUCUCAGCCUCCUGGUGUCUGCUCCUGAGUGUACCGCUGCCCAUCAUUCCUGGAAUCAGAACCCCAGAACCCCUCAUGCCUCCCCAGGGGUAUGGGGAGGUCUCUGCCCAUAUAGGCAGGACCAUGUCUGGUAGGUUGGGGACAAUUGUCCAGGUUCCUGAGGCCAGCCUAUAUCAAGACACUCGGGGUUAUGACUCCUGGUUGCAGCAGGAAGGGAGCUUCCAGUGGGGACUCAAUAUUUUCAUCAGUGAAUAAACCCAUGGAGGCUUCUACUGUGUACUCUGCCCAGCAGGAGAGCCAGUUGCUGGUGACCUUGAAGGUGGCAUCAGCACAUCAGCCCAAGCCACCCAUGGGAGGGAGCUCCCACAGUGGACCACCUCGCCCAUUCACUACUUAACAUAUACCUGAGAAUUUAGGGUUUGUUUGCUUUUUCCAUUCAUUCUGAGCCUGUGAUUUCAUUGGUGUGGAGAACUCCUGGAAUUAAAAAUCUCUCUACUAAUGUGCCAAGUUUAGUAGGGGGAUUCAAUUCAAGCUAUCCAGCAUUUAUUAAGUGCCUGCUGUGUGCAGAAUACAAGACUAGAAAGUAGGGAAACAAAAACAUCAAGGCGGCAAAGCCAGCUGCUUGCCUUUAGGGACCUUAGCCUAAUAGGGAUUCAGUUCAAUUGAACUCAACCAGCAUUUAAAUGAGGGCUCACUGUGGGCAAAACUUCACAAUGAGGGCUGAGGAAGUCUUGAAGUUUAGGGUCUCUGCCCUUAGGGAGCUCUCACACUCACCCUGGGUCACCCAGAAUUGGAAGGGACCAGAGAUAAUCAUCAUACUUCAAGGCACAGCUGAACAAUAAGCCCCACCCUGUCCUGCUUCCAAGGUAGAAUCCAGGAAGUCUGAAGAGCCCGGGGAGGGGGACUCUCCAGCUCCCAAGGCAUUUAUGACACACUCCUUGUAGACUCCUAGACCCCAAAGAAGGUUUCAAGGUUGUCUCUGGGUGCCCAGUGCCCAGCACAGAGCCUGCCCAACACUGUAGGAACCUGAUUGUUGGAUUGAAUGCAAUGAAU